AUGGCAUCGGAUCUUGGUUACGUAUUUCCUGAAUAUCGCUGGUUCGCUGAAGAGUGGCAUGUUCAGGAACUUGACGAGCGACCCAAGAUCGUCAAGCGAGUUUUGAAUCGGUGUGCCGGUAAGGCACCAGCGCCUCUGAGAAGAAAUACUGUGCACGGCAGUGAACUGCUUGCUGGACCAGUUUCUAAUGUGAUCAGCCAAGAACGUGCAGAGAAUACUCCGUCUUUGUAUACCUUCGUCCAAGACAAGUCGAUACCAGUCGAUUUGGUGCAAGGGACUGUUGCCGCGACGGCGUUCAGCCAUCACUGUGCCGUACGUAGUAAGUAUGAUGUCUUGCUGAUUCAACCGAUUAUCGAAAUCUCGUCUCCCUUGGCCGUGGUAUUUGAGAUAUCGGAGGACCCAGGGUAG